GGCAUCCAAGAUGGCGGACGUUUGAGUUGACAACGGGAGAUCAGAAUGAUGACUUGUUGAUAACACGGUUUUACAGACCAGACAAGAUGGGUACACAGUUCAUGCCUUCUUCAGCCUAUUAUGGGCCCCAGGCUCCUGUCAAUGGAUACAAUGGCUACCCUGGUGGCAAAAAUGGUGGAUUUUCUUUUCGCAAGCGUGUGGAGAGGGUGGACUGGAGGAAGAUUGCCUCUGUUGAUGUGGAUAACAUUUCAAGGACGCUAGACUUCACAACCCUUCAAGAAAACAUCAUGAAUUUAACAUUUUGUAACUUAGAGGCUGAACUGGAUAUUCGCUCUGUGGAUCCAAAUUUUGUUAAGCUGUUCAAGUUAGCACAACUGACCAUUGAGUAUUUGCUUCACAGUCAAGAGUAUUUAGCAGGGCUGUGUGCUUCUUUAGAAGAGAAAUCGAAGCAGUCUGAUCAGGACGUAGAGAAAGUGAAGCAAGAGCUGGAGGAGGCACGUAAGGAGCUGACUGAGGUGAAGAAGGAAAGCCACAAGAGGAAGAAGAUGCUCAUAGCUCAGCAACAGCUCAUGUAUGCAGGCAAUGAGAGCUACAAUAAGUGCCCUUUCUGUGCCAAGGCUUUCAUGAACAACUCGUACCUCCAGUCGCACAUCACGCGACGCCACACGGCAGGGACCGGAGCCAAUAAGGAUAACUCUAGUACAGUCAGCCCUGACCUUGGCAUGGGCUCCGACAGCGGCCAUAACCAGAUGGAAACAGAACUGAGCCAGAUCAAAGAGAGGCUGCUCAAGCAGGAGGCGGAGCUUCAGGAGGAGAGGCGGGCACUUCUGUCUCUCAAAAACAAAGACCCCAGAUUCAUCAAGUCUCAAAGCAGUGAAAAUCUUGCUGCACCUGAUGGCAAUGAAAAUGGUGAGGGUGGAGGUGGCAUGAGCUCUGCCAUCAUGAAGGAGAUGAAGGAACUGAAUGCCAAGUACCAGGCCUCACAAAGAGCCCUGACUGAGCUGGAAGCUCGCAGUGGAGGCAAGCGGUCAUACCUGGGUGAUCUUGAAGAUGAUGUGGAGAACGAUAAGGACCUGCUGAAAGAACAAAGGAGUGAAGUGGCUGCUCUCAAGGAACAACUCCAAGAACAGCUGAACCAGAUGAGCGAACACAUGCAGCACAAACUGACUCGUCAGGAUAAGAAGUGGCAGAAAAAGGUGUACCAAAUGACCCAGCAGCAUGCUAGUGAAAUCAAGAAGCUGAACAAUGUGUUGGAGAGCACCAGCCGCUCCCUGGACGGCUCGGUCAGUCCACAUCAUCAGCGACAGCAACAGCAGGUGGAGGAGGUGCUCAGGCAAUCUCGAGAGCAGGAGAAAGUCUUGGAGGCACAGGAGCAACUCAUUGAGCAGGAGAUAAGCCGAGUGUCGGAGGUGAAAUCAUUGAAGAGUCCAGGCAGACGGGGGCACACGCCUCGCGGGCACACGCCACGUGGUCACACUCCGAGAGGGACCACGCCCAGAGAGGUGAUCAAACACAGCAGCAUGUACCCCAGCGAUGAGGAGGAUGAGGAGAGUGCAGCGUUUGGUACUGGAACCAGCAGUUUAAGAACUCUGGACAGAAACACUGGACAUGCGUCGACACUUGGACAAACAGGGACACAGUCCUUGCACGCGAGUCAGUUCUUGGAGGAGCUGCGGAAAAAUCCGACUCUGGCUGUGAUGCGGACGGAGCUGGCUGCUUUGUUGCAGGAGCAUGUGGAGAAGAAAGGAAUCCCUCCGAACCAGACAGGCAUCAGCGACCAGGUGCUCAAGAACAAGCUGUCAAUGUUAGACACACAGAGGCAAGGACAUGUGCAGAAAUACCUGAACUUCCACGCCCUGCGCGACCACUUCAACAAAGUGGCCACAGAGAAGGCGAAGAAACAGCUGCGACAAAUGACGUCGUCACCACGCGGUCCGCCGCCUUCAGCUGGUCCCAGGAGAAGACUAGACAUGUCCCCACACACCCCCAGGCAGUACCCGUCAUCCCCCGGUGGGCCUCGGCCGGGCGCCCCACACCCCCAGCAAAACUUGACCCCGGGCCGAGCCACCACCCCACGCAACAAGAGCCCCACGCCUCAGCCACGCAGCGCUCGCCAGGGUGCCAAAACGCCGCUGUCUACUGGGGAAGACAGACAUGGCAUGCCGUCACCGUCGUCCCGGCUCACCUCGCCCAAACGCAGUCCAGGGGGCGGCGUGUCGAACCUGAGGGACACCAUAGAGAACAAACUAGGGUCUCGCAGCCCGGGCGCCAAACCGUUUGGUGGAGUGGACAUGGCAAGACCUGGCACUCAGAACAAGACGGCCAACAACGUGGGAAACCUGGACGAGGAAAGCGACUGGGACGACACCACUGCACCAGAUGAGCCUGUCCCAGCUGGUCAAAGGUACGGUUUUAUGCAACUUUUUUUUAUAAGAACGACUUUUUAUUUUGGCAUCCUGGGCACUUAAAUUACCAAAAUUGAGUCGAUAGUGCCGCAAAACACCUACUCAAUCAAUCAAAUCAGAACUGUGGCACAGUGAGGCAUUCAAACCUGCUCUGUUUUGUUUGAUGUUCAAUAGCCAUCUUAGUAAAGACAUUAAAAAACUUGUCUUGGAUCAUUUUCCUUACACAAGACAGAAUUAACUAUCAGCAAAAGAAGCACCCAGCAUGUCCCAUGACAGAGUAUCAGUAUAAAUGAGAAAGUCCAGCAGUUCUUGGUUUGACAUUGAGUUAAUUUUUUGGCUUUUCGGAAAAGUAGACGUUAUGAUAAGGCCGAAACAGAAAAGGUUGAAGUGGAAAAAAGAGACAAAAAUGAGAGAAUGAGUGUGCAUUACCUUGUUGCUGUGUGUUACAUUUGCUGCCCAGAAUGGAUGUACCAAUCAGUUUGACUAAACGAUAGUGUAAUGGUUUCUGUGAUAGGAGCUGAUUAAGAGAAAAUGUGUGUGUUGUUUGUUAACUCACUUGAGCCUGAGCUAUUGUUCACCCAACAACCAUUGCAGCCUGACACAUUUGGGGUAGAUUGAAACUUUAACCAAAUGAAGACUUUGAAAGCUAUCAUAGUUGUUUUUUUUAAUGGAACAAGAGAAAGAAAAGAAUACUCUCACAGAAAAAUCUGCGUCUAAUUUGACCAAAUAGUUUUUGUUUGAUCAAUAUUUUGAAAUGACAAUGUCUGGGGGUUACGCAUUUUCUUUUGCGCCCAAUUUAUAAUAAAAUCAUCCAUUGCAAUGCAGGGGUGACUGGUUUAGUCCGCUACAGCUGAAAAAAUAUUGCAUGUAGCUAGACCAAAUUUUUAAAGAAACGAAACAAGUGGGUCAACUGUUGGCUCGCCGCUUCCUGUAGCUUGUAACCGAAAAACACCGGAGAUAUCGAUCGAUAAAGCGCAUCUUGUAAAUACACGGGAUUUGGCCACAGGACCCACGGGGCAUCUCGUUAACACGGGAAUAGGCUCAAUUGAUUUAAAGGCCUACCUUCUAAAAAGUUCAGAAAAGACACAAGAUGUUAAAAGAGCGCAGAACAAUGAUUUGCCUCAUUCAAUCACAGCCACCAAUGUUUCUGGCAUGAAUUUGACUGUCUCUCUCUCUUUUCUGGCGCUGUGGCUUCAUAAACGGUCAGCGAUUUCGACAGCACGCAGGA